AUGUCCUCAACGACCACCAUCACUGUCGUAGCCACCGACAAGCAAAAGUCCGGAGCUUCACCUCGGGACGUGUGGGAGAAACAAAUAUCUGUGCUCCUCGACCAGGCCAACAAACACAAUAAGCCGUACAAGGCACAGUUCGGCCCCCACAACAUCACCAUCCACCCAACGGUCUACUCACCCGCAUACUUCCCCGAGACGUGGUGGUAUGGCACUCACCUUCCGGCCAUCGUCAACAAGGGCAGCUGGCUCGAGAUCGGCGUAGGUUCUGGGCUCGUGUCCCUGUGCAUCGCCAGUGCAGGAUCCAAGACGGUGUCGGGAGUCGACAUCAACCCCAACGCGGUCGAGUUCACGGCCAAUAACCUCCAGGCCAACGGCCUCAAGGGCAACUUCACCGUCAGUGACAUCUUUGAGAAGGUCGAGGGCAAGUUUGACUUCAUCUUCUGGAACCAUCCCUGGCAAUACGACUCGACCAUCCCGGACCAGCUCAAGUCGGAAAAGACACACGACUCUGAGUACAAGCUUCUGAGGAGGUUCGUCGCCGAGGCCAAGGACUACUUGACCGAGAAGGGCGUCAUCCUGCUGGGCACGUCGGCCUAUGCAAACCUUGACGCCAUCAAGACCAUCGCGCAGUCGAAUGGUUACAACCACAAGGAGCUGCUGAGGGGGCAAGAGCCCAUUGGCAAUCAUGUCGUGGAGGAGUACUAUGUUAUUGAGCUAUCAAAGUAA